AUGGGUCGACGACCUAACCCGCUUAUGGCGGAGUUCUUUGAGCGCGGUGUCAAGAUCAGUGACAUGUCCAAUCGUUAUGAACAGACAUGCAAGAGAUGCGGUGAACAUUUCGCAAGAGGGCGCAGUGAGGCCAUGGUCCCUCACCUCACCAAGAAGUGUCCUGCCAUCAGCUAUGCGGAGCGCGCCAAGAUCAUCUUCCGCCUCCAUGACCUCGUACUGCCAACCCUCAGUCCAUACGUUGAUCCAGCGCGCAACCCAGAAGGUGAUGGCAACGUGGCCCUUGCCGAGAACAACGACCUGUCCCAUGGCAAUGGUCUGUUGGUGGAACCCCGUGACAGUGAUCAGAACCAGGGUAAUAGGACUGGAAGAGUUACGGCCCAGAACAGACGGCAGCUCGAUAGCUUGGACAUACUCGCUGAGGUCUCCAGCCAUGUUAGUGGCAACGUAGGAGUCGGCGCUGGCUACACCCCCAUGGAUCAAGCUGGCAGUGUGCCGCUUGACCCCCAGCUGGAAGGAGACAGCUUCCCGGUUACCACAGCCUCGACCUUUGCAGCCGGCUAUUCCUACAUAGGCAAUGUGUCACCCACCCCCAUGAGUGAUCUUUCUCUUGUCAGCACAGGAGCCCCUGAUCUCUCGACGAUAGCUGCUACAGCACAUGCGACAUUGUUGAAUGAGGGCGUGUCGGCAACCGAUGUCCUACCGUCCAGCGAUAUUUCUCAUGACCUUCUUGAAGAAUCGCAGGACCAUGGCUUGUCUUACCAGAACCAUGGACACUUCCCAUCGACAACCAUGCCAUUGCCACCGCCGCUUAUUGAGCAGAUCCACUCAAUGCACCCGGGUCACGCAUUGGACGAGCAUUUUCCUUCUGCACCAGCAAUGGUUGCAGUGCCCCGGCCCAUGGACAGAUCAUCAAGCCAACAACUCCGACCAAUUGCCAUGAACCCAAAUGGACAACCCACUCACCAGGUCGAGGGCAACGACCUCCCAGCGCAACAUCACAAGCAGAGAGUCCGUGGAAAGUUUGCUCCCGAACGCCGUGACGAAGUGCGCCAGGUACGAAAGCUUGGUGCUUGCUGGCGCUGCCGCAUGUUGAGAAAAACAUGUUCCCAGGUCACACCUUGCCAAACCUGCGCCUCGGUCGAAAACCCUCGCUUGUGGAACAUUUCAUGCGUUCGGACUAGGCUUGACGAGGAGUUCCCACUCUACUUCAUCAUGCCUUACACUGUCCUCACACAUCAUGACCUUGGGGAACUGAAGAGUCAGGCCAACAACAAUGGCUUCAGUGGCCGGCUAGAAGCUUUCCAUUUCUUAGACCACAAGAUCACCUUCAAAGCUCGUCAAUUCACUCAUACACCCACUCCCACCGACUGUAGUGAUCAACCCUUUCCUGAAGAUGAAGUGCUGGUAUUGGAUCUUGAGACCGAUAAUGUGCUACCAAAGGUCGAACAGUAUCUCAAGGCGAUUUGCCCUCAAAUCAUCGAGAAGGAGCCAUCACCCAUAAUGAAAGGCAGUCUUCGACUUGCCCAGGCGAUCAAAGCAGAACAACAGAGCGGCAUCCUCGCUGAGAAUACCCAGAAGCCUGACAAUCUUGUUUCGCAAAUUGUUGAAUUGUGGGUUGCAACAGUGGUGAUGACGGAUACUCAGUUGACAGCAUUCUUCACCAAGGACAGUGCUCUUGAUAAUGGACGAAGUGCGAUUGACGACACGAUGCAUCCGGUUUCUCAUCGCAUAUUGACGAAUCAGCUUCGAGCAGCGAUUGAGAAGCGUGCCAGUGUUGUCUGCAGAAGUGCCUUGCACCACUUUGAGCAGCGGCUUUUGCGAAACAAGGGCAAGCCCUUCGAAACCUUCUUGGUUGCAUUUAUCAUGUUGAACUGUGCGGAACGUAUGUGCUGGCUGUACCGAAGCUGGGCUAUGGCAGGUAGGGAGUUGCCUCUUGACCAAAACCCGUCAUGCUACGCCGAUAAGGCCGAGUCGUUUGCGCAAACGAUCCAGAUGCUACUUAGCAUGCGCCAGUUGGAGCCUAAGAUCAUGGAGGAUCCGGAGACCGGAGUCUUGAUCGCUCGUAACCGUGAUGACAACGAUCUCACAAACUGGCUCGCAGUCACAGAUCUUCCUAGUGAUCUUGCAGCUCACUGUCGACCCGGCCAUCUCCACCCGGACGAUAGCAGAUCUCUGGAUGGGACCCUCACUGGACGGCUUCUCCAGUUGUGA